AUACCGUAAAAAUGAAGGACGUAAAACAAAAGUUUGCAGAACCUACAAAUUCUGAACCGAAAUCAUAGGAAUUGGAGGCGAAGCAAGCAAUGGGAAACGCUCAGUCACCUCCCAAUGAUCCUCGUUAUGUUUCAGCAUCCAGAGCAUUUACUCAAAAGGAACUAGAAGACUUGAGGUCUCUGUUCAAUUCUUUGGCUGCUCAAUCCCAAGGCAAUGGAAAACAAAUCUCUCCCUCCGUUUUUCAGUCAUAUUUUAGACUGCAUGGCCCCAUUGGGGAGAGGAUGUUUGAUUUAGUUACUCAGGAGCGCAAGGAUCAAAGUUUAACAUUUGAAGACCUCGUUCUUGCUAAAGCUAAUUAUGAGAAAGGAACAAAAGAUGAAAUUGAAGAAUUCAUCUUUCGCUUGUUAGAUGUAUCUGGGGAUAAUUUCGUAGGGAGGUCUGAUUUGGAAUCUGUUAUGACUGCCAUUUUUAACAAUAUAUUAUGCAUAAAAGAUUCUGAAACUACAUCAAGUUCACAUCUGGACAUUGUCAACAUAUUUCUGAAUGCUGCAAAUUUCUCCGUGCAUGAUGAAGGGUGCACUGAGGAGACUAUGUCUUUUGAAGAUUUCAGAAGUUGGUGUACUCAUCUCCCAUCUGUGAGGAAGCUUCUUGGAAGCUUGCUUUUGCCACCUGAUUCAGGACGACCAGGUUCUCAAAUUCCUAAACUAUUGACCUCAAAGGCUGUUGAUUCUAACAUUGUACUUUUGAGAAAGGAAUAUGCUUGGCAUAUAGGAGGAGCACUUUCUCAGCAAGAGCUGGAAGAUUGGAAGCUUUUGUAUCAUAGUGCUGUUAAUGGUCUUAGUUUUAAUACAUUCUUGGGCAAUAUUUCAAAUCAUGAAGGACCAACUGUGUUAAUUAUUAAGGAUAAAGAGGGUUAUAUAUAUGGAGGAUAUGCUUCUCAGCCCUGGGAGCGGCAUGCUGAUUUUUAUGGAGACAUGAAAUGUUACCUUUUUCAACUAAAUCCGAAGGCAUCUAUAUUCAGACCUACUGGAGCAAACAGUAAUCUACAAUGGUGCGCCAUCAACUUCAGUUCGGGGGACAUUCCAAAUGGCAUUGGUUUUGGGGGACGAGUUAAUCACUUGGGUUUAUUUCUCUCAGCUAACUUCGAUCAAGGGCAUACGUUUUCAUGUUCUACAUUUGCUAGUCCUUGCCUCUCCAAGACUAACCAUAUAUUGCCAGAAGUAAUAGAGUGCUGGGGAGUGACUCAAGGUGCGGUACAAGGCAAGAACGACGCCGUCAAGGGCACUGUACUCGAGAGGUUUAAGGAAGAUCGUCAUAUGCUCAAUAUGGUAGGGUUAGCAAAUUCCAGCGAGUAAAAGUAGUCCAUUUGUGUAAUCUAAUCCACUUUCCAUUAUCUCCCGGAUUUUCCUUUGAAUUAUUGUUAAUACGCCACAUGUAGCAGUAAUUUUUAUUUUUAUUUUAUUUUUUUGCCUUUCUUCGUUACUUCUAUGAGACUAGUGGUAUUUAACUCCACUUUUAAAGCCUACUUAGAGAAAAAAUGGAUGUCCAAGUCAUUAUAAUUU